UAUACGUACAGACAACGUAUACAGAGGAGUACUCAUGGAGACCUCUGUAUAGUUAGCAGGUAAAAUUGGUAUUUCUGAAUUUAUUGGAGCACAUAGGUUCGUUGGUUAGCCAUUUGCGCGAACAAGAGCGCGGUAUAGCCAGACGACGACGACGACUGGUCAAGCUCAAGUGUCUGGUGCAACUGGAAGUGCGACGUCGCCGCAAACGCCGACGAUUCCCGAUUUGUCGAGUCUCGGCCAGCCGAAUCCUGGACAAAGUUCGCCCUGGGAAUUGGAGCCAGCACCGGCUUUGGCUCGCCCCUCGUCGUCGUAUCUCCGCGAGUCUUUUUAUCCGGGGCCGGGGAUGGAUGUCCACGGGCUCAACAACUCGAGCGAUCAGUUGCAUUUCCAGAAUCAAUUGCUCGAGCGAUCGACUUGACAAUAUAAGCCCUCAUCAGCAGCAAAGAUCGCCCUACGAUACUCCUUACUCCCCUUACGCUACCACCGUAUGCCCUACGACUUUUUUACGCCCACUUGGCGUGAAUAAUAAUAAACCAUUCAAUUUCGUCAACGCCCAAACUCCGCCGCCGGUCUUGUCUUUGAGAGUUUCUCGAGCCAACGGUCCUGGUUACGCCUCUUAUUCUCCGAUUUUGUCUGACAAAAUCCCGAGUUUUGAUCCAAGCGAAAGCGACGAAUUGCUGCUGCUGCCGCCAGCGGCGACUGAUUCGUUGGCUCCUGGUUUUAUCAGACCAUUAUUGCCGUGCAGCGCCGACGGCCAAGAUGACGGCGAUGAAGGAGCAGGGGGGGGGGGGGGGAGCGACGACGCGGUGGGAAUCCUUGGCGAAGAGUUGUUCGCAGCGGGGAGCUUCGGAAAAUCAGGAAUCCCCGGGUAAGAAAAGCGACGGCGGAAUAGAAAGUGCCACCCAAAGACCAAUGAAUUUGGAAGCUCCACCACGAAGCCUCGAAACGUCGUCUCAGGGACGAACGGUAAACGGCACCAGCAGCGGUGGAUCAUUAUCCACCGAAAUAAUAACAAGAGUUAUUCAAACCCAACGACAACGUCCCAAUUCGAGCUGUAAAAAUCACGUUAAAACAGUUUUAACGAGUUGCGGACCACCGCCUUCGAGAACGACGAGCGCCCGUUUACCUUUUCGGAAUGAUCUCAUGUCCCAGCAGGUACGAAGAACCGCCUGGGCUCGACACACGACCAAAUAGCCAAAUAGUUUUAUUAUAAUAUUUUCAUCGCCCUGCGCGUGCGAUGAAGAAUUUACUUUUCAUUAGUAUUUAUAAGAGGCUAAUAUUGCCCCGUUUUUGCGGGAACAAGAUGACCCGGCCCAUUCCCCAGAAAGAUUGUUCACCAUCAAAGAUGUAAUAUCGUUUUAUCACUGGAAUAAAACAAAAAAUUUUAUUUGUGUACAAAACCAAAAAGCCAUUCGCUCGUUAUCAUCGUCGCUCGCCUUUAUCCAUAUCGCGAUGCUAGCGCUCAUUUUAUUUAUUAUAGAGGUGUAAUAAAAAGUAUAAAUAAAACUCUGCUGCUCUCGUAAA